GACCCAAACCCUUCCUCGGUCGGGACUCGGGACCGAGGGUUUCCUUCUCUUCCCCAAUUUCCCUGCUACCCACCUUUCCCCGUUUCCUCCUCCUCGACCUAAGUCGCAAUUUCGCAGCCGCCCCCUGCCCCUUGUUCAACCCAAUCGAACCCUACCGAUCAUGGCUCCUCCAUGGGUCUUGCUCGACCGCCAAGUGAAGUUCGUUGAUGGGGGACUUUUUGCCGGAGCCGCAAUCGGUGGAUCGAGCCGAGAGCCGACUCUGGAAGAGGCACUGUUGGUCAUGGAGCCGCAUCCGGUCGUCGCCGAUCCCCCUGAAGUAACCUUCCUGUCCAUGCUGCGGAUGAUUCCCGCCCACCCGAUGCAAAAAGUGCACGAUGCCACGAUCUCGAGCACCGACAAGAACCUCGUCGUCCUCUACACCGGCAUGUACCGACCUGGCAACGGUGGCUACGCUCGGGACGGAUGCUACCUGGUUUAUGACGCGUCGAGAAACUCCCUCGCCGUGAUUCCUCAGCUUGAUCCAGCCGCCGGCGGGCGCUUGGUUCCGGUUCUGCGCACCAUCAAGUGCCUUGGGAACAGCGCCGCCAUCGUGAGGCACGGCGGGGAGACGGGCGCCUUCGUUCUGGCUGAGCUCGUCACCACGUACCACCCGGGGCUCCCCGACGCCCAGCUCUACCAGUGGUGGUCAUCAUGCGCCGGGGUCAACUCGGGCCGCUGGCUUCGGUCGGCGGUGCGUCUCCCACUCCCUCCAGAUCUGUGUGGGCCCACGUACUUCUUCCAGAUCGACAUGGCGUUCGUUUUUCAGGGCAGCAUUUGCUGGGUUGAUCUCCUCACAGGCAUCUUGAUCUGCGACCUGUUCGCACUCCAGGAGCCCGAGUUCAGCUUCAUCCCGCUGCCGCAAGGGCGCUCCUUGCACACCCCCAACAAUGUCCGUCUCGGGCUCAAGGUACAGGCGUUUCGCUCCAUGGGCAUCGUCCGCGGCGCCAUCAAGUUUGUUGCUCUGAUCGGCUACACUGAAACUUCGUUAUCCAAGUCCAGCAAUUUAGUGCUGGAAACCUGGACUUGCCAUGAUUUGAGGGAGUGGAAGAAAGGCCCAGCUUUACGUGUGGGAGAUCUCUGGGCAAGCGAGAGCUUCAGCAAGAUGGAGCUGCCGCGGGUCAGGCCGAUGUUCCCUGUCCUCUGCAUGGAUGAAGAUGAGAUCGUUAUUUUUCUGAAUGAUGUCGAGUAUGUGGACAAGGUUGAUCGUUUCGGGCAGAUUACCGGGAGGCAGCUGGUGCUCAACGGCCAUUAUGUUGUUCGCCUUGACUUGGUGCAGAACAAGGUCCUGUACUCCAAAGGGGGCACUACAAACAAUUUGGCGUUGCUUGAGCCCGCUCUACUGGCUAGUGACUUCAGUGCAUACCUACGUGGCUCCAAGCACCGUCAGAGUGGGAAAGAAGCAAGUAAUGUGGGAGCUAUCAUGAAGCGGCCCAGGUACUGAAUGAAGAUUGUGUGAAGAAGCAAGCAUGGGAGGAGCUACCAUGAAGGGGACCAAGUACUGAAUGAAUGAGUUGUAGAACAUGUCAUGUGCUAUGUAUUAUGUUGCUUGGUUGUUCUUGCCUUUUGUGAGACAGGGUGUUAUGUUAAAUUUGUUUAUUUAGCUAGAAGACUAUCAUGAGAGUUUAGCAAUUAAACUGAGCAUGGUGGCUUUUAUCUUCGAGUGUCUUGCAAGUUGCCACUUGCCAGUGUUUGAUUGUGCAUGUCCCUGUUUUUUAACCAUUUGCAUUUGUUUGUUUCUA